AUGCCAACUUUUGGCUUAAAUGAUGAUGAUGAGCCAUGCGAUGAUUAUCUUGGAGACAAAGACAUGUAUUUCCGUCAAUGGCAAUUGAAAUCCAUGAAACCGGUGCUAGAAAAGAAAUUCGAUAGGGACCAUUUAGAAUCUGUGAAUAGGAGAGAAGAGAAAUUGAAAUCGCGUGAAGAACGACGGCGGAGGCAUAAUGAAAUGUUCGAGAAGAAUUUUCAAGAAUGCGUUGGAAGAAUGAAGGCGGCAGUGAUCACCGACAAAAAGAUUGAGAUUCCGCUGUUAAAAGAGCCCACUCCAGAAUACAAGAACGCGUUUCGAGAAGCGAUCACCAAAGAAUUCCUUUGUCCGAGUUCAACGGCAAAAAUGCACCCAGCGAAUCCGUUGCCGCCAAAACCGCGAGCGAAUCCCAAAUUCGGGCCGGCAAUCACUAAUCAAGGCCUUUUUGCAAAAUCGUCGGCACCAUUAAAGGCGUUGAAUCCCUCGAUUUUCAAUUUGGCGGCGGCGCCAAGGAAAGACGAGAAUUUGAACAGCUCAUUCCUUAAUCAUAGCCAGGAGAGCGUGUUCUUCCCGCAAGAGAACCGCUCUUUCAGAAUUGAUCAGUAUGACGGAGCUAGGCCGUCUUUUGCGUUUGGACCGGGCAAUGCGCAGACAUCAACGCCGAUUUCGAAAUCAUUUCCGAAGUUCUCUGUGAGCUCGCAAAUCAGCGAGGAGGACGAUAGUCGAUACGUGACCGCGCUCGAAUCGCCGAUCGUCAAACCGCAAGUUGCUCCGGCUCAAACCGAAGGAAGCCUUUCUGGAGGAGCGUCCACUCAAAACGAAUCGGCUCCAGCUCCGACGACUGGAAAACUAUUCGGAGUGGUUCCGCCUGCAGUUCAAGCUCAGACAGCUCCAACUCCAGUAGAAUCUGCUAAGAAUCCAGAAAACGUGUUUGGAGUUGCGCCAACUUUCGGAAAUCGUUUUGGCGCGGCGCCAACUCAAAAAGAAUCGGCUCCUUCGUUGACAUCUGGAAAACUGUUUGCUGUCGUACCGCCAUCAGCUCAGGCUCAAUCGGAAUCAAAUCAAUUUGGAGCCGCAUCAACUGCUGGCCAAAUCGCUUCGGUUAAACCUACUCCCGGAAAUCUGUUUGGAGCUGCUCCAGCUCAGGCUCAGACAGCACUCACCACAGGAAAUCUUUUUGGAGUAGCCUCAGACAAAGAAAACCGAUUCGGAAGAGCUGCGACUUCGGCGGAUUCUAUUAAAACUCCAGAGAGCCAAUUUGGUGCAGUUCCUGCGUCAGACCCAUCAGAGUCUGAUUCAACGCCGAUACAAGACGUGCAAUUGAAAGAAAAAGAAUCUCGGGAAGCUGCUGCAGCUCAACAUUCUUGUGCUCCGCCGGCACAUUUAACUCGUCGAACAAUGGAUUGGAACAGAUUGGGUUUGGAGAAGCAAUUUCAAGAACUAUUGGAAGUGACGAGGCGACAACACGAGCUUGACAUGUCGAAACGCAAAACGGCGCAGACGCCGCACAAUCCGCCGGACGACACGCCGACAUUGGGUGGAUCGUCAGCGUCGUCGCAAUUUGUCGAUGAGAAACCGUCGAGUUCGACGAGUCGAAAAUCAACGACGACGACGACGACGACGCCUGUCGAUUUCAAGAUUCCGCAAGAGAUACUCGACGAUGAGACCGAACACGAGCGGCAACUUCGCGUCGCCGCCGAAAACGAGCCGGACGAUGAGAAGCGCGAGUUGAAGUUCAAAGAGUAUUUGAGAGUUCGCGCGUUCUAUGAUGAGCAGUGGAAGGUGUGCGAGUCGAAAUUGAAAGCCGAAGAGGAGGAGAUCGAGCAAAGGCAUCGGACGAGCCAGCGUAAGCCGAAAGGCGCACCCGCCUGGAAGAUGUUCGGCCGAUAUUUGGAGGUUUGCCAACAGUUGAAAGCCGCCAAAAAGGAGUAUAUCGACAAUAGUAAUGAGGAGAAACGAGCGCUAUUGACGCGAACGAUUACCGAGAAGGUCACCGUAUUCACGAAACGCGAGACGCCGCAUGAGAAACGCGUCGAAAUAUUGGCGUUUUUCAAGAAUUUGCUCAAAAAACUGCCGGUUGAAGGGUAUCAAGGCUUCACUGAACAGCCAACCCAUCAAACAGUGCAACUCGAAACCUCCAAAGACGUCACAUAUGCGAUUAUUUGCAUUAUUGAAAAGUAUAUUUCGCUUAUUCAAUUGGAUUCGGAUUUGGCGACGACAAUUAGCGAUUUGAUUAGUCGGUUGGCUGCUAGUUAUCCGCUCGUUGAAACCGCAUUCACUAGUUUGAUAUUGAAAAAGUCGGUAGUUUUGCGGCAGGAUCCUGAAGAGAGUGUGAAAUUCUUCGAGGAAUUGAAUAAGAAGAGUGCCGAUGAGAAGGCGAUGGUGAUUAAUCGAGAGAAAUCGCUUGUCGAGCUGUUUAUGAAUGUGUUUGUGAAAUGUGCGAUUCGCCCAGAAAAAGAGAAUUCGACGAGAUGGCUGACUCAUCUUGAUUUGUGGAUGUAUGCCGAAGCGGUGCUGUUGAAUGCGCUCGUCGUGCCAAAAGCUUCUCUUAUACUAACUAUGGUGAUUACGGUUUGCAAACCGCGCCUUCGAAAUGAUGAGGACCGUUGGCGUUUAUUCAUUCAGGACCUUGGAGAAACAAUCAAGAAACUAUUGAAAAAUGGAUUUGCGGACGAUGCGAGUAUUAAUUCUAACCUUUCUUUUAUUUAUAGUCAGUUGAAUUGA